AUGAAUGGCGCUGAUAGGAAGGAGAUCAAUAUGCUUGAAUGGUGCAAGGUGACCACUCUAGAGGCCAUCGGCCAGGCUGGCUUCGGAUAUUCAUUCGGCGCCCUAAAGGACAACCAUUCACCUUAUAUUGAUACGAUGAAGAACGUCAUUCCCACCUUUUCUUCGUUGUUCAGGUUAAAGGGGUACAUAGGCCCAAUGUUUCGCCUGAUUCCAAGAAGUCUAUCGCGAGCUGUGGCUAAAUGGGUCCCAAGCGGCUGCAUUCAGCGUAUUGGGGAAAUGAUCGAUACCCAGGCCAAGUACUCGAGCGACAUCUUAGAGAGCGGGAAAGCUACUUUGUCCGAUAGUACCAGAGGCGAAUCUUAUGACAUACUAUCUACUUUGAUUCGGACCAAUGCACACGCAAAAGAAGAAGAUAAACUUUCAGAAGACCAACUGCGGGGACAAAUCAAUACUAUCGUGUUUGCGGGUUUUGAAACGACCAGCUCAUCGCUUGCACGAACCAUCCAUUUUCUUGCCGAACAUCCACAUAUUCAGGAUCAACUCCGCGAGGAACUUCAGGCCGCACGUGCGGAUCUUCGGGACUGUGAUACACUCCCUUACCUGGACGCUAUAGUCAGAGAAACACUCAGACUGUUUCCUCCAGUACCCACGAUUGAACGGUAUGCAUCCAAAGACUGGGUUGUUCCCUUGCGAUAUCCUACUCAAGAUAACGAACGACAAAUAUACAUCGAGAAAGGCACGCGGCUGCUCCUUUCUUUGAGCCGUGCCAACCGAUAUACAUGGGGUGACGAUGCGGAAGAGUUUCGUCCAGAGAGAUGGCUAAAUUCAUUGCCACAAUCGGUAUCCAAAGGUGGGAUACCAGGGGUUUACUCGUCGAUGAUGACCUUUGGAGCAGGACCUAGGUCAUGCAUUGGCUACAAGUUUGCUGUUUUGGAGUUGAAAAUCAUUCUCGCACGACUCGUCGAGACUUUCCGGUUCGCGCCGGGACAGCAACCUGUCGAGUGGCGCAACUUGGGAUUCAUGAGCCCCCAUGUUACGAGUAAAGGAGAAGACGGGACGGUAGUGUUGGACAAAGCACCUUCACUUCCUCUGUCCGUAUCAAUACUUCGGUAG